AUGGCUACUAAACGUUUUCAUCUUAUGGGCGAGGACCCUUCAACCGCCCAAGAAAUUGAGUUGCAUUCAUCAUUAGACGAGCAGAGUCUACAACAUUUGGUUGCGUCGCAUUUUGCAAUUGUUAAUCCCAAUGGCAUUGGCUUUGUUACGGAUUCAGAGGCGCUCACAACAGUUGCUGAUGUCCUUGGUGCUGACAACAUUGCCAUCACCAUCGAUGGAAAGGCUGUUCGUGAGGUCCCAGGCCCCAAAGGACUGCCUCUUGUAGGCAACUACUUCGAGGUCUACCCCGAUCAUCUCGGUAACCAUCAACGGUUGUUUGAGAAGUAUGGUCCUUUGUUCAGAACAACAAACAUGGGCAGCACCAUCUACCACACAAACGACCCCCAGCUAGCCACUAUUGUCUUUGGCGAGACAGAUUUCUUCUCAAAGAGAAUCAUCGACGGCCACCCUCUGAACCCUAUCAAGAACAAGGAAGCCGGUGUGUUCCUUGGUGAUACUGAUACUGAGGAGUGGAGAGAGGUGCACAAGUUCCUGCCCCCUGCUCUUGGACCUAAGGCUGUGCGCCAUUACGCUCCCACCAUGCAAAAGACAGUUGAGGACGCUUUCAAAGUUUUCGAUGAGCUUGAUGAGCGUGACGAGGCUUGGAAUGUAUACCCUUAUAUGCUUAAGCUUGGAGCACAGGCUGUUGGAAAGCUGGUGCUCGGUAUGGACUUCCAGCACUUUACAUCUCCUGAUGCACGACCACACGCCAUGGUGUUGAGAAUUGCGCAGUCUCUGGAACUCAACAAGAAGAUUACAUCUAUGGGCAGCUGGUACAAGAACCUUCCAUUCGGCGACCCUCAGCGUCUGCGUGAUGCUCGUGCUCACAUGGAGGCUAUGAUGACAGAAUCUGUGGAGAAUGCUUCCAAGGGUGUUGGUGAUUUGGAGCUUCAGGACGCUGCUGUCCAGGCCGAGAACAUGGUUGACUACGUCCUCCGUGCUAGUGACAGCAAAGGCAACAAGCUACCCCGUGAGCGAAUUAUGGAACCUCUUGUUGUUGCGACUGGUGCCGGUUUCACCACAACCAGUUCUCUUCUCUCAUGGCUUCUGUACGGCCUCGUUGCAUACCCCGGUAUGCAGGAGAGACUCCUCCAGGAAAUGGUUGACAACGGUUUUGAUGAGAACACUCAGAUUACUGCUGAUUUGACCAACAAACUCACAUUCCUUGACCACUACAUCAAGGAGACACAACGACGACACAACCCCUCAUACCAGCCUGCGCGAACAUCAUCAGUCGAUAUGAUUCUCCCCGGUGGUUACAAGCUCCCCAAGGACUCCAUCGUUAUUCCCGCUCUCCACCACAUCCAUAACAACACUAAGAUCUGGGACAACCCUGCUCUAUUCGACCCUGAUCGCUGGGACACCGACCGUGUCAAGAACCGUCCCAAGGACUCUUACAUUCCCUUCGCCACUGGUCCUCGUAUGUGUGUUGGUUUCAACUUUGCUCUACAGGAAGUGAAGGUGUUUUUGCCCAAGCUGGUGUAUCGAUACAAGUUCAGCAUGGCUCAAGAUGGACCUGUGGAGUAUGAUCCUAUGUUCCAGUUGAUUCGCCCGAAUAACCUAUAUGUGAGGGCUGAGAGGAGAAUAAAGUGGCCUUCAAAGAGUGAUUAA